UGCUGCUGCUGCUGCUGCUGCUGCUGCUGCUGGGAGUGGGUCAGGCGCGCUCCCUCUCCUCCGGUUUGAGAGCAUCCCCUUUGAGCAGGACCCCCUUUGGCCCCUAGAAUGGCCGUCGAGAAGGAGAAGAAGACCUGCGGGCAAGUCAUGACCGAGUGGAAGGAGUUCAUCUGGAACCCCAGGACCCACCAGUUCAUGGGACGCACCGGCAGCAGCUGGGCUCUGAUCCUGAUCUUCUACUUCAUCUUCUAUGGCUUCCUUACUGCCCUCUUCACCCUCACAAUGUGGGUGAUGCUGCAGACAGUGGAUCCCUUCAUCCCCAAAUACCAAGACCGUCUCUCUGUUCCAGGUAUGAUGAUUCGCCCUAAGACAGAUGCUCUGGACAUCACCUACAAUGUUUCCAACACUGAGACCUGGGAGAAUUAUGUGAAGAUGCUCAAUAACUUCUUGGAGGCGUAUAAUAAUUCAAAACAAGUGGCCACCAAUGAAUUCUGCCGCCCAGGACAAUAUAACGAACAGCCCGACAACGGGGUGCCAAACUAUCCCAAGAGGGCAUGCCAGUUCAACCGCACCAUGUUGGGCGAUUGCUCGGGUAUCAACGAUACCACCUACGGCUACCGAGAGGGGCGCCCGUGCAUCCUUGUCAAAAUGAACCGGGUCAUCAAUUUUUACGCAGGAGCUAACAAGACUAUGAAUAUCACUUGCAUAUCCAAGAAAGAGGAAGAUGCCCAGAAACUUGGAGAGUUGGCAAUGUUUCCUGCCAAUGGGAACAUUGACCUAAUGUACUUCCCUUAUUAUGGCAAAAAAGUACAUCUAAACUACACGCAACCCGUUGUGGCCGUCAAGUUCCUUAACCUCACGUUCAACUACGACCACAACAUUGAGUGCAAGAUCAACGCCGCCAACAUUGCCACGACCGACGAGCGGGACAAGUUCGCCGGACGCGUGGCUUUCAAGAUCCGGGUCAACAAAGACUAAGCUUAAUUUCUCGGUCCUUUCUCCUCCAUCCCCUCACACCCAGCACCCUCGAAAGCUAGUCUUCUCCUUCCACGGCUCUGUUUGCUUGUCUUAAGCAGAGCUUAAGAGUGGUUUGCGCCUAGACGGAGGAAGAGAGGAAGGAAGGAAGGAAGGAAGAGGGGAUGAUGGUGGGUGUGUGGGGUUGGCGGCUCUCUUGACCACUGCUGCUCAUCCUAGGGUCACUAACCUUUGCUGUUAGACAAUCCCAGCUCCCUCCGUCUUAAAAAACGAAGGCUUUGCUUCCACCUGCCCCGCCAUCUUCGCCCUACUUUCCCCGUAUCACUCCAAAAUAUCUGGAAUGCUACUUUGGCUUGUUCUAACCCUCAUUACUUGCUUUCUCCCUUCCCACCCCACAAAAUGGUCCGUGGGGAGCUCAGAGGCUGUGACCCCUUCCCUUGUCCCCCCCUUCAAGAUAUUUCCUAAUAUAAUAAUAAAUGUAUAUAGAUAUUUUUUAUAUAUAUAUUAAAAAAAUUAAGGUACUGCUGAGUCCUCUGUAUUUUCCUGCUCUUCACACACAGAAAAACACACAUACACACUCCUUUCUGGCACUGUUUUCCCUCUCCUUCCCAGUCUUUUAUACCAGUUUAGCUCUUGCCUGGAAACCUAUUAACUGAUAUAAAGGUUUGGUGUUCUCAACUGGCCAAGAGACAGGUCUACUUGCUUUCUUGGUCAUUAUAGAGAAUAUUAUAGUGUUUUUCUUUAAUUUUGUAAAGCCAAAUGGACCUAACGGUUAGCCAUGAUGACUGUUGGAAGCCAUUUUGUUGUCAGCAUGACUUGGGGCUGCCAUCACUUGGAAAAGAUUCUUUUAAAGAGGACAAAAGUGAUUUUUGGCUGCAAUCUGAAACAGGUUUUGUUAGAAGCAUGGCCCAUUGACCACAGUGGGGUUUACAUUUGAAUGUGUGUAUGUAUGUAUGUGUAUAUAUAUACAUAUACAU